UUUUUUGGGGGGGGGGUUUGGCUUCGCUACUCCUCCUUUUUGCUCCGUCUGGAGGUGGGGAGGGGACGGACAACGCGGACGAUGAGCUGCGCCAGCAAACUUUCCUCGCUGCUGCUUUGUUUCCUGCGGCGCUGGGCUGCUCGGAGGAUGCUCAACGCCAGAUAAUGAGGAUGGGGGCCCCGCAAGGAGCCGCCGCCGGGAGGAGACCGGGAGGAGAAGCAGCAGCAGCCCGGCAUCGCUGCCAGCGGCGCUCCUGAGUGCCUUUUUUCCACCAUCGCCCCCCCCCCCGACGCCCUGCUUCCCACCUGCCCAGCUGAGAAAGCUUUCGAGGACCCCUGACAGCCCCCCACCCAUCAUCCUUGCCUUGCAAGCCGGGGGGGGGCAUUCCUCUCCGCUGCCAGCUGCGGGUUUCUUCUUUGCCCACGGACAGAGAAAGAGAGAAGGAAGGGAGGAGGAAGAGGAGGAGGAGGAGGGGGGUCCGGCGUGUCUCCUCGCCCCCCACCCUCGCCUCCCCGAUGCCUCCCCCAACGCAUCCGACGAUUUGGGACCGCGAUCGCCGCCUCGCCUUCUUUCGGAUGGACUUCCAGAGCUAAAAAAGAAACAAAAAAACUCUCCGGAAAGGUUUUCUCGUCUCGCCGGCCUCCUUCCACGCGUGUCUCUCUCUACUCCCCCACCCAAACCUCUCCGUGACUUCUCCUGCGUGACUCCCCUCUAGUCUCCCUCCCUCCCUUCCCCAGCUCUUCGCCGUAUCUUAGCCUUAGUUACUAUCCCCUCCCUCCCUCCAUCCCCAUCUUCCACCGCCGUGGUCCCUUCUCCUUCCGCGGAAUUGGCUUUGCUACCUUCGUCCGUGGAUUCCCUUCCCCUUUCCCUUCCUUUCCUCCUCCUCCUCUUCCCAGGUACUCCACUUUCUUCAUUAAGGGUCUGUGCAAAUUGAGGAAGGGGGGUGGGUGGGGAGUGGAGACAGAGGAAGGGGUAAAGGUUUUUUUUUUUUUAAAGAUUUGCGCAUGCCAGGUGUAAGUCGGCUGAGGUCCCUCCUCCCCAAUUCAGGAUUGUGUGUGUGUGUUUUUUUCUUUUCUUUCUAAAAAAGAAUUGGAAAUAGAUUUGCGAAUUGUGUAACUCCUCCCGAUCUGGCGAGUGGAAGGGAAGCAUUUCUUCCCGGUUUUCCUUAAGGCUAGGGAGGUUGCUGAAUAAGGCGGUGCACCUGAGAGAGGGAGACAGACGCAGUGAAGACAUGAGCUUGUAAAGUAAACCCCCCUCCCCGUAGAACGGCUUCUUUUCUUUCCUUCCUUUCCCUCUGACUCACUCCUUCUUUCCUUCUGUCCCUUCCACAAGCCUUCCGACUUCCCCUCCUUUCCCAGGCACGAAAAUCAACAGGCAUCCGGAGAGAGACACAGGGAGGAGGAGGAGGAGGAGGUAGUGGAGGAGACACGGAGGGGGUGAACUAUGGAUAUUCUCUGCCCCCUCCUCCAAUUUCUGCUCGCUGUUUGGUGGUCUGGUGUAGGAGCUCUGAUCAACUUGAAGUAUUCCGUGGAAGAAGAGCAAAGAGCUGGCACGGUGAUUGCAAAUAUUGCCAAAGAUGCCCGAGACGCAGGCUUUGUGCUGGAUCCUCGGCAACCCACUGCUUUCCGAGUGGUGUCCAACUCAGCGCCUCACCUGGUGGACAUCAACCCUGGAUCAGGCUUACUAGUGACCAAGCAGAAGAUUGACCGGGACUUACUUUGCAGACAAAGCCCCAAGUGUGUGAUCUCUUUAGAGGUCAUGUCAAGCUCCAUGGAGAUUUGUGUGAUCAAGCUGGAGAUUAAAGACCUCAAUGAUAAUGCUCCCAGUUUUCCCACAGAUCAAAUUGCGCUGGAGAUCUCCGAGACAGCCAGCCCGGGGACCAGGGUACCACUUGAAAGUGCUUAUGAUCCAGACUCGGGCAGCUUUGGAGUGCAGAGUUAUGAGAUCACUCCCAACGAUCUCUUUGGCUUGGAAACCAAGACCCGAGGGGAUGGUUCUCGCUUUGCCGAACUGGUGGUGGAGAAGAGCCUGGAUCGAGAGACCCAAUCUCAUUACAGUUACAUGAUCACAGCUUUGGAUGGGGGGGACCCGCCCAACUUUGGAACGGUGGAGUUAACCAUCAGAGUCAUUGACUCCAAUGACAAUAACCCUCUCUUUGAAGAGCCCUCUUACACUGUUAGCGUGCUGGAGAACGUUCCUCCUGGCACACCGGUGAUCCGCCUCAAUGCCACAGACCCCGAUGAGGGCACCAACGGGCAGGUUUUGUAUUCCAUCCACAGCUACGUCUCCGAGAAGGCCAGGGACCUCUUCCAGAUCAACCCUCAGACCGGCUUGAUCACAGUCACUGGGGCGAUUGACUACGAAGAAGGUCACGCCUACGAACUGGACGUACAGGCUAAAGAUCUGGGUCCCAACUCCAUCCCAGCCCAUUGCAAAGUGACUGUCACUAUACAGGAUGCCAAUGACAACCCGCCCCUCAUUAACUUGCUCUCUGUCAAUAGCGAACUGGUGGAAGUCAGCGAGAACGCACCACCGGGCUACGUCAUCGCCUUGGUGAGAGUUUCCGACAGAGAUGCUGGUGCCAAUGGCCGAGUGCAAUGUAAACUGUUGGGCAACGUGCCCUUUCGCUUGCAGGAAUACGAGAGUUUCUCCACCAUCCUAGUAGAUGGACGUUUAGACAGGGAGCAGAGGGAUCAGUAUAAUCUAACCAUCCAAGCGAAGGACAAUGGGAUCCCUUCUUUGCAGGCCACAAAGUCCUUUACUGUCAAGAUCACAGAUGAGAACGACAACCACCCUCACUUCUCCAAACCUUAUUACCAGGUCAUUGUGCAAGAGAACAAUACCCCCGGGGCCUAUCUCCUUUCCGUUUCUGCCAGGGAUCCUGACCUGGGUCUAAAUGGCAGUGUCUCCUAUCAGAUUGUCCCAUCCCAAGUCAGGGAUAUGCCUGUUUUCACCUAUGUCUCCAUCAACCCCAACUCGGGAGACAUCUACGCCUUGAGAUCAUUCAACCAUGAGCAGACCAAAUCUUUUGAGUUCAAGGUCUUGGCCAAAGAUGGAGGCAACCCUUCCUUGCAAAGCAACGCCACCAUCCGAGUUAUUGUCCUGGACGUCAACGACAACACUCCCGUGAUAACAGCCCCUCCUUUAGUCAACGGGACCGCGGAGGUCUACAUCCCCAGGAACGCUGGUGUUGGCUACUUGGUGACCGUGGUCAAGGCAGAUGACUAUGAUGAAGGGGAGAACGGGAGACUUUCCUACGAGAUGGCUGAAGGGGAUCGAGGGUUUUUUGAGAUCGACCAGGUCAAUGGUGAGAUAAGGACCACCCGAGCCUUUGGGGAAAACUCCAAGACUACUUACGAGCUGAUUGUCGUGGCCCACGACCACGGGAAAACGUCGCUUUCGGCAUCGGCCUUGAUUUUGAUAUAUCUUUCUCCAGCCCUGGAUGCCCAAGAAUCCAUAGGAUCUGUAAAUUUGUCCCUGAUUUUUAUUAUUGCCCUGGGUUCCAUUGCUGCCAUUCUGUUUGUCACCAUGAUCUUUGUCGCUGUCAAAUGCAAACGGGAUAACAAAGAAAUCAGGACUUACAACUGCAGAAUUGCAGAGUACUCCUACGGCCACCAAAAGAAAUCCUCCAAGAAGAAAAAAAUCAGCAAGAACGACAUCCGCCUAGUGCCCCGGGAUGUAGAGGAGACUGAUAAAAUGAACGUUGUCAGCUGUUCCUCCUUGACGUCAUCCCUCAACUACUUUGACUAUCACCAACAGACUCUGCCACUGGGUUGCCGCCGAUCGGAAAGCACCUUUCUCAACGUGGAGAACCAAAACAACCGGAAUGCCGGCUCCAACCACAACUACCACCACACCUUCACGGGUCAGGGACCCCAGCAACCGGAUCUCAUUAUCAACGGGAUGCCUCUCCCAGAGACCGAAAACUACUCGUUUGAUUCCAACUAUGUGAACAGCCGAGCUCAUUUAAUAAAAAGCAGCUCGACGUUCAAAGAUUUGGAGGGGAACAGCUUGAAGGACAGCGGGCACGAAGAGAGUGACCAGACGGACAGUGAACAUGAUGCUCAGCGGGGCCUCUACUGUGACACAGCUGUUAAUGAUGUUUUGAAUACCAGUGUCACCUCCAUGGGGUCUCAGGUGCCCGAACAAGAUCAGAGUGAAGGAUUCCACUGUCGAGAAGAGUGUCGGAUCCUUGGCCAUUCUGACCGAUGCUGGAUGCCUCGGAAUCCCGCCCCAGCCCGAGGCAAAUCUCCUGAACAUGGAAGGAACGUCAUGUCCCUCUCUAUAGGAGCUUCCACUGUGGAUACGGAGCUUUACGAAGACUCUACUGCAAAGAGAACUUUUGCAACAUUUGGCAAAGACAGGAGUGACCCUGUUUCUGAGGAACGGGGCCCGAUCAAUGUCAAAGGGAAAAGGACAUUGGAUCCACCCAUCUGUAGUCCAAAAGUGAACGGGGCCAUCCGGGAGGCUGGGAACGGUUGUGAGGCUAUCAGUCCCAUCACCUCGCCCGUCCAUUUGAAGAGUCCCUCGUCUAGCAAACCGUCGGUGUCCUACAGCCUAUUUCACUGCCCGUCCAGUCGCGACUUAGAGCCGUUUGUGACCAAUGGUCCCUCCAGGCCUACGGAAGCGGAGCCGAGGGGCGCGGACAGUGAGAAUACAGUGCAUGAAAUUAACCCUCUCCUACAAGAAUGUAGGGAGAAAGACUCGCCUGGCGUGAAGAGGCUAAAGGAUAUUGUACUCUAAAGCGGAUGGAAGGAAAAACGCCCUCACCAAACACGUCUCACCAUUUUUAAAGAGCUUACUGACAGUUCACCAGGCAAAGUUGCUGUAUUUAGAAGCUUUCCUUCAAUGUAUUGUUUAUAAAAAAAAAAAAAAAUGAAGCGAUCGUUAAUGUGACAAUCUCAUGUGGUUCAUCAGGGGGCUAGUGAAGCAAAACGAACACCGUUUUAUUUUCCUUUUCCCCCUAUUUCUUCUCUAGCGGGGUAAGUGACGUUAGGGCCCUUCGGUUGACGGAAGUAUUAUCCGCAAAGUAUUUUUUUUUUCCCCCCCUGUAUUUUUCCAGAUCAAGCAACCUUGGCAAGAAAUGGGUUGACAGUUGGGUCUCCCGUGAGUUUUUUUUGUGGGGUGAAAAAAAGCCCUCCGAUUCCGUCUUAGGCGAUGUGUAAUGCGGUGCCCUUGAUUUUAGACGGGGGCGGCUAUGCGCUAGGAACUUGGUUGUGCUUAUUUCAGGACCUCUUGAUGUGGGCAAAGUGCCUCCCUUCUCCCUUCAUUAGGGUUCAGUGUGGGAAUAAAAACCAUUUGUAGUCUAUCCCUAAUCCUAUGGAGCUUCUGAUCUGCCCUGUAUCCAGAGUGAAUCCAUAUUCUAAGAUGGUGCUCUUUUGCUAUGAAUCACCCCCUCAGUCCGGAGAGCUUUCUGCUGCCACAUGCUUUCUCUGUACUAUUAUCGUAUUUGAUAUUGCAAACUCCUGUGUGUCGAGUGUUGGGGGGGGGGCGGUCGGGGAAAAACAAAAGGCGUUUCAAGUUUUUUGGGUUCCUUUUUUUUUUUUUUUGCUGUUGUAAUUGUGCUUGUGGUUGUGUUCUAUGAACAACAAUCUAAGACUUGGGGGAACCUGCAAAAAUUCAGCCCUUUCCCAGUUUCUGCUCAUUUGGCCAGGUGGUGUUUUUUUUUUUUUUUACAUUCUUCUUUUUUUCCUCCCCUUCUCUUCUUUGGUUUCUCUUAUCUCGUUUGCAAAGAUGCAAAAAGUGCUGACAUUUUUAGGAAGUCGAAUUCUUUCUUUCUUUUUCUUACAACCCCGAGGAAGGAGACGAUGUUAUUUCUCCAAACUUUGAUUUCCAGGCGUUGAACCUUGCCUAUAUAUUUAAACUCUUUUGGCUUAUCAAAGAGCCUCAGAGAAAUGAACUGAGCUUAUAACUUAAUAAGUGAGUCCUAAUAUAUCAGUGGUGCCCCAACCUCUUUGAACCAGUGACUGGUUUCGUAGAAGACAAUGGACUGGGUGGAAUGGGGAUGGCUUAGGUUUUGCUUGCUCGCCCGCUGCUUACUUCCAGCUGUGCGUCCCGGUUCCUAACAGACCGCAGACUGGUACCAGUCCAUGGCCUGGGAGUUGGGAGAACCCCUGUUAUAUAUACACCAUACAUAGGUCAGCGUUCCAUGAGUAUCUUAUUACGAGUAAUGCACUAAACUACGUAGAUUGUCUUGUUUGUAUGUAGUGUGGGUAAAGCCCAGUGGCCCAGAUCGUUGUACUUCUUGCUGGGCUAAAAUCUGCCUUGCAGUUUCUCAGAAGUGGUCCUUUCCUUGCCAAAAGACGCUUCUGUUUUUCUACCUUAAUUCUCAGGGUGCUUGAGAAUUUCCCUGGGUGGCAUUUCGAUCCCGGCUUUCUUGUGGAGAUGGUAGAGAAUGCUAUGGUUAGUGCUGUUAUUUUCUGUUGCACUUCCUUCCAUCACCCUGUCCAAACAUGCUUCCUAUUUGAAGAGACCAGGUUCUCUCCGGCCAGCUUCCCUUGAAAUUAAAGGUAACUUACAACUGGAAGAUAUCUGAUUUACGCUGUAAAGCUAGUCCUUGAUUUACAACUGCUCAUUUAGUGACUGUUCAAAAUGACGACAGCACUGAAGAAAGGGAUUCACGGCUGUUUUUUCACAUGGCCCGUUGCAGCAUUCCCAUGGUCGCGUGAUCAAAAAUUUGGAUGGUUGGCAACAGGUUUAUUUUUAUGAUUAUUGCAGUGCCCCAGGGGUCUCAUGAUCCCCUUUUGCGACAAGCAAAAGUCAAGGGGGGGCUGGUGGUGUCAGAUUCACCUAAUAACCAUGUUACUCAUUUAACAACCGGUUGUAAAAUAAGGCAAAACUCACUUAGCAACGGUCUCGCCUAGCAGCAGAAAUCGGGGGGGGGGCUCAUUGAUGGUUGUAACUCAAGGGCUGCUUGCAACGAGGUAGUGAUGGAUGGAAUGUGGUUGGUGGACCUUGGCACGCAUCCUUCUGCCACUUUGCAAUGAAAUCCAUAUAAGGAUAUCGCACGUCACCCAUGGAAGUUCUCCAAAAUUCUCCUUGCCUUUGAAAGAAAUGCGGACAUCAAAGUCCUUUUCAUCAAGCUGAAUGAGAACUGGUAGUAAAUAAUAAUAAUAAUAAUAAUCCAGAUUCCCAUCUCUGCCUGGAGCUAAUGGUACUACUGGCUUUCUAACAAGUUAGGAAGGGUAGCAGGUUUCAGAUUGGCUACAUGGACAAGACUGUUGUGGUUUUUGCAGAUGUUUGUACAUUACUGUUUCCACCCACCAACUUCUCCCAGUUCUACUCCUAUGGGCCCAGUUCAGUAGAUCACUCCUUUCUUCAGAAUGUCCAUAGUAGAGGCAGUUGAGAGGGCCAAAUUACCGUAUUUUUCGGACUAUAAGACACCCUGGAGUAUAAGACGCACCAAGAUUUUGAAGAGGAAAACAAGACAAAAUAGUUACUGGCCUCCGCGCGUUUGGUUUUUGCCCUCCCCGGCUCCCAGGAGCACUCUGCAGGCCUCCCAAACCCACUGUGUGUCCUGUUUUUGCAAAAAAUGGGCCUGUUUUUGGCAAAAAUGGGACGUGCAGAGCGGGGUUUCGGGAGGCCAAAAAUGGCUGUAUUCAGUGUAUAAAGCACACCAACAUUUCCAUCCUCUUUUAGGGGGAGGGAAAAGUGUGUCUUAUACUCUGAAAAGUACGGUAGUUUCUCAGAAGUAUUGUGAAACUACUACUUCUAAUACUUGUGAAAGGUUCGCUCUGGCUUCAAAAACAGGCCUCUCUUGCUGCCCAUUAUGUCAGAAUUUUCUGAUCUUCAGAUACAAGAGAUACGAACUCUCUCAUUCUCUCUGAGAUUAUCCACAGAUUCCUGCUAUGGUGGAGUUUGAGAGCCCAUAACAGAAAGGAAGGAAGCUCCACCAUCCUUUAGUGCAUCUGCCUCCUAAUUAAAAGCAUGCAACGACAGAAUUAGUAAUUUCCGAAGGAAUAAAUCAGGGAAGGCAGCUUGGUUCAUUCCUAACACCAGCGGUCCAACUGCUGGAAAGAUCAGUUACAGAUGUUAAAUUCAGGACAAGCAUCAGGCAACCGUUCAAAUGCCCAGCCCGUUUCCAUUGCGUGUGUUGUCAAGGUUUCAGACAAUCCAUUCAUCCUGCAUCAGGCUGAAGAUUUAGGGAACAAAAUAGCCAUUGGAAAGGGAGAACAAUUUCCAGGAUGAUCCCCUUGUGAAAGGGAGAACCAAAAAUGAAUAUAUUUGUGUGUUUGUGUGUGCACGUGUGUGGCCUUUUCAACUUCAGCAUUAAUUACAUUUCAUACCUAGAUUUAAGAAUAGGACAGGCACCCAAAGAACAAGUCGGGGACCUUCAACCCAUUUUGUUGUUGUUAGUUGCGAAGUCGUGUCCAACCCAUCGCGACCCCAUGGACAACGUUCCUCCAGGCCUUCCUGUCCUCUACCAUCCUCUGGAGUCCAUUUAAGCUCACGCCGACUGCUUCAGUGACUCCAUCCAGCCACCUCGUUCUCUGUCAUCCCCUUCUUCUUUUGCCCUCAAUCGUUCCCAGCAUUAGGUUCUUCUCCAGUGAGUCCUUCCUUCUCAUUAGGUGGCCAAAGUACUUGACUUCAACCCAUACCUGCUCUGAAAUAAGACUGUGAUGUUCUUGUGGGUUUCAUAGUGCCAAUGAUGAGUUUUAGAUCACAAGCUAGAAAGCAUGAAGGUGUGGCCAAUGAAGUCAUUGUAUAAAGAGAUCCGCAAAAUCUUAAAUAUGCACAUAUAAUGUUUGUGAGUUUGUCCUCUCCCGUAAGACAAAAUGAAAAUCUCUUCUCAACUGUGUUAAGAAACAUUUUAUUAAAAAGAGAGAGAGUGGCGGGGGGGGGGACAAAUUUAAACAGGGAUAGGGAUGAUAAUGUAGGAGGCACAGUGAUAGAACUGAUUUGACAUUUUGUCACCUUCCUUCUCCAGUUCGUGUUUUUCUGCUCCCAGCUUGCUUAAGAGAGACUAAAGAUCAAUGCGAUGGAAAGAUAUAUUGAGUUCUUUCAAAUAUUUGCUCUGUCAAUCAAAAGGGGGGGGAGUGUCUUGUGGAACAACUCUUAUGGCCUUUCCCUAGCUUUAUUUUUAUUUUUUUUAAAAAAAGGAAAAUUCUCCAGGUUUAUUUAAAUAUAUUUUUUAAAAGCUACACAAAAAUAACAUCCAUUUUUUUCCUUUUUCCUUUUUUUUUUGGUCCUGGAAAUCAAAUAAGCUUGGAGUAAUUUCUUUUUUUUCAAAAGAAGAGAAAAAAAGAGAGUUGAAAAAUAGAUAGAGCUGGGUGUUUUGCUUUGCCUUGUGUUUCUCACGCUGUCAGGAAAUUUGGAUUGCCUGGUUAUUUGAAUUUUUUAAAAAAAGAAAUCUGUAAUAAGAAUCACACACAGACCCUUUUAAUUGUUUGUAGGUAGCGUGCAAACUGCUGUAGGACUGCAGCAGAAGCAAAAAGAAAUAUUACUCAUGGAUACCUUUGGAAUAAAGAGGCCCCUUGUCCUCUGCCCCCUUUAUUUUAUUUUGCUUUGUUUCGUUGCAUUGCAUUGCACAAAGAAAAAGGAACAAUAGGGACAUAAUAAGAAAAAUAAGUCGAAAGAAAAAUAUGCCUGAAGGAAGAAUCUGUGGAACAGGGCAAAAGAUCAACCCGAAGUUGAGAAUCCAGAAGAGAUUAUUCCACAUCUCAUCUGUAAACAUUAUAGAGAUAGAGGAAGUGCAGGCGGGGGGGGGGUCUUUUGAAGGGGUGGAACAACUUGUAACCCUUGGAUUUAUUUUUUUUUUAGAUUUUUUAAAAAAUCCCACCUUUAUUAUUUUUAUAAAUAACUCAAAGUGGCGGACACACCUAAUUCUCCUUCCUCCUCCUAUUUUCCUCAUUACAAAAUUGUGUAAAUUGGAUUGAACUGAGAGAGAGAGAGAGAAAGAGAGGGGGGGGGACCUGGCCCAAAGUCACCCAGCUUAAUGCAGGACUACAACUCUCAGUCUCCUAGAUUCUACUCUGCUGCCUUCAAUACAAGACCAAACCAGGUCUCAAUGUUAAAUUACCAUGUCCAGAAGCCAACAGCACGCAUAAUAAACAGGGACGCUGGGCAUUUAGCUCAAUAUAAUCAGAGGAAGUCCUAGCUAACAGCGAUAUUGCCUUCCUCAAUCACAUCACACCCUGGGUUCUGAUUUAUGUUGAUAGCUAAGUAUGAAGUUCUUGCUUUUCCGUCUUCUAGAUUUUGACAAAGAACAGUUUUGUUUUGCAUUAUAUCUUCUCAUUAAGUCUGAAAAAUGAGACUGCAGUCCAAAGCUUUAGUGACAUCCUAGCUGCCUUGUGAGAAGUCAUGACGAGAUGUUGGCUACUCCCUAUCUUCAAAUGUUCCACACCAGGGGUGAAAUCCAGGAGGUUCUAACAGGUUCUGGAGAACCGGUAGCGGAAAUUUUGAGUAGUUCGGAGAACCGGUAGCAGAAAUUUUGAAUAGUUUGGAGAACCGGUAGCAGAAAUUUUAAGUAGUUUGGAGAACCGGCGGAAAUUUUGAGUAGUUCAGAGAACCGAUAAAUACCACCUCUGGCUGGCCCCAGAGUGGGGUGGAAAUGGAGAUUUUGCAAUAUCCUUCCCCCAGGAGUGAGGUGGGAAUGGAGAUUUUGCAGUAUCCUUCCCCUGCCACGCCCACCAAGCCACACCAUGCCCACCAAGCCAUGCCCACAAAACCGGUAGUAAAAAAAAUUGAAUUUCCCCACUGAUCCACACUGAGGGCAUUUCCACUAAGCAUUUUGGUCACUGUUUUUCUAACACUGUGUAUGCUUUGUGUAAAAAAAAGGGGGGAGAGGGGAAAUGGCAGACGGUUAGUGGAAGCAAUGAAAAUCAAGUUCCAAUGUAUGUUCUCCAUCUAACCAGCAUUCUUCAGCCUGGCUGGAGUUUUAGAUCCAGCAACUUGUCUCUGGCAUGGAAGUUUGACUGAUGGAUAUAGAAGGAUGGAAAUAAUUCUGCCUUGAACGUUAACAGAAAAUUGAUGUGCAAACUUUCCAGAAACUUCCUCCUGCUUCUGAUUUCACCUCUUCAAAGUGCUGUAUUUGUUCUCCUUUUUUUUUGAAGAGGCUGUCAGUCAAAGCUGCGGGCCCUGAUUCAAUUCUUUGCAAGCCUAGUUCCAUGCUUAAAAGCUGAUUGGAACAGCUGCCUGUAACAAUGCCAGCUUAUUCUAGGAAAUGAGCGAAGAGAAAGAGACAUUUCAGUGUCCUUAUCUGUGAACAAGUUGGUGAUUUUUGGAUGGCACCAAUCAUUUGACUGGGUUCACACUCUCACUGCAGUAAGGAAGCAGAGAUUUUGAUGCAGAUUCCAAUAUAGCUUUCUUUUUCUUUUCUUCUUCUUCUUUUUUUUUGCAGCGUGAGGCUAAAACAUUUGCAAAAAAUUAGGGAACGGCUUUUAAAGAGUCAGAUUAUUGCUUUUAUGUUUUCAACAUUUACUAUACUGAUUAAGUGUGACUUUCUAGGCAUAGGUGUCUGAUAAGACACCUUACACAAUGAUGUAAUCAUCAAAUGAAUAAUUGGUGUCAUUUGCACAGUUGUCAUUAUGAAAGAGGUGUCCCCUUGCUCUUCUCUUCCUCCUGCAGACAACCUUAUCUCCCAUGUUUUCAGGCAUCUUUCUCCUGGAAACGCCAGAAGUUGAACCCAGGAUCUCUUCCAUGCAAAAUACAGCCUUGACCUUCCAAUGGGUUUUCACUGGUUGUCACAUUGGGCUACAAUGUUUUUGCUUACGGCUUAGCAACUGAAGCAAAGCCAACUCUUUGUGAUUGUCAAACCUGGUUAGCACAGCAUGAGAACCUGGCCCCUUUUUAAGCAAACCAUGUUUCAGACCAUUUUUGUCCAUCUUGUUGCUCAUUUGUUGGGCCUGAGAAUUAGAUUGAAUCUUGAAGGGUCCUUGGUGCUUGGAGUUGGAUUGAAGUACCUGUUAUGGGGGCUAGCAUAUGCAUCCUCUUAUGUUUAGAAAGAGUAUAUUGGCUUGUGAAACCAGCGUUUUAUCUGAGCCAUUGGUGGUUGCCUUUAGGAAAACAAAUGCAUAUUUUCUUAGCAUUAUAACUCCAUAAUUUCAUUCUUGGAAAUCAUCAUAAAACGCAAUGCCCCCCUACCACCUCCACCACCUCCUCCUCCUCCUCCUCCUCCUCCUCCUUCUGUUUCUGUUAGAAUUGCUUUGCUCACCUGUUGAAUCCACUCUGCAUUUUUUUCUCUUGGGCAUAAUAUGCUUUUGAUUUCAAACAAAGCUUCCUAUAUGCCAUCGUACUUUAAUCAAUGCCUAUUCUCUGAGUAGGCGGCUCCAAAUAUAGCAUAACACGAGUGAAUUUAAGAGAGAUUCCUUGUAGAGAGGAGGGGGAAAAAAAACGAACCACCCCAAACAACAUGAAAAUCUCAUCCUUCAUUCCCUUUGAUCAACUGGUAAUUAGGCAGGUCCCUUUGGUAAGUUAGAUUCUUUCUCUUUCAUUUUGGGCUGUUGUUGUUGUUGCGUGACAUUUGUUCAGAUGGGAAGAUCUGGUUAAAGACGAUCCAGGAUGCGAUGGGAAACGUGCGUAAUUUAAUUAUGUCAUCCAGAUGAGGCUGUUGCUUUUUCUCUGUGUUUUUUUUUUCUUUUCUUUUUUUUAAAAAUCGUACAGCCGGCAAAAAGGCUUGAGGGUCUCACACCCAUUAUGCUGCAUUGUGCUUUUUCCAACCCCUUCCCUUCUUCCCUUCCCGAACAAAAAUAAGAAUUUUUUUUAAAAAAGUGUAAAGAAUUCAUUACUCCAUGGAUAUGCUGAAUAUGAACUCUCCAGUAGGGAGGAAAGGAAACGAGAGAACUCUUCCCAAGCAGAAACUUUAUUUUGCUGCUGGAGGAAAAAGGAUGAUUGUGUCUCCGCAGCUGCCUUUUGCAACGUUAGAUAGUUGUUGACCCAAUGUCAAAGUUGUGUUCGCUUUAGCGGAGGAACCUGGGAAUGAAUGAAUGAAUGAAUAUAUAUAUAUGGUUUGUCGUGAAUGCGACUGCUUGAGGGCUCCUGGAUUGGAGCUGAAAGGCGAAAGGGAAGCAGUAUGCUCCCUCCCACAUAUUGAGGUAGACCAGGUGCUUCGAUAGAAAAACUUUAUAUAUAUAUAUAUGCGUGUCAUUGGGGAAAGAUGGAUUUAUUUCUGGCAUCAACUGAUGUUCAGUUGAUUCAAGCCGGGGAUGUUGUAAUCUUUAUGACAAAGAGAUGACUUGGCACUAAUUUGAGCUUUUCUGCAAUGGAAUUGACCUGCCGCUCAUCCAACCUAAAGUCUAAAAGUGGCAGGAUGGAAAUGCCAGAAGUCCUACAGCAAAAAAAAAAAAAAAAAGGGACGAGGGACACAGCCUGAAUGUCACUGAGAAUUGUGGCUUCACGAAGGAUGGAUCUCGGUGGGACUUUGUCUACAUUCGGUUUCUUCACGGUGUCUGUUGCUGACAAUACAAAGAACAAACCUUGUUGUAUAUGCUGAUAUGUAUGUUAUGUACAUUUUCACAGUGAUUGAAUCAUUGUAAACAGGGAAAACUUGGGGUGGGUGAAGAAUCACCAUGCUGUCUAUUUUAUUGAAAAAUGAUUUAAAAAAAAAAAAAGAGAGAGAGAGAGAAAAUGGCUUUAUUAAAUUAUUACAACUGUUAUAAAAAAAAAAGAUCGGUGUAACAUGCCAUGUUGGUUUGUUUUUUUCCCCCCCUCCUUCGGUUUUUAUUUCUUUAAAAAAAAAAUCUGAUGCAAAACUUUGUUUCCCUCUUUUUGAUGUGACUUUUCUUUUUCCUCUGCUUCAAAACUCAAUGGCAUUUUAGUAUUAAAGGCAAUUCUUGAAUAAAAAAAAAAAUGGAAUUGGUUAAACAUGCCCGUGUGGAUCUGCUUGUCAAUGGAAAAAGAGGUCUGCCUACAGCUGAUCAAUUGUGCACCCAUCCUGCAGUUUGGAAUUUAUUGGUUUGAUGGAUAUCCUACCUUUUCUUCAGGAACAAAGGUUAAUUUACGUAGGCGUU